AUGGGAAGCCCAACAACAACGGAUAUGUCCGAGCUCGGAUGCAAUAUAUAUGUCGCCACACUUCCCCUGGACUUUGACGAUCGGCAGCUCUUCGACCUUUUUGCGCCAUAUGGGUCUAUUAACUCCGCUCGAAUCAUGCGCAAGAAAGGAACGCGGGAUUCAAAGGGGUACGGCUUCGUUUUCUACAAGAACGCCUCCUCGGCUGAGCUGGCUAUUGGGAGUCUCUCCGGCAGCGUGAUUGGGGGCAAGAGAAUUCAGGUGCGUCUGGCGCAUCCUGAUGCCUCCGCAGCGUACAAUAGUCAACACACACCGAAAAGCAGCAGCUCAACUCCUGGCUGCCGUCCCUUGCACUCGAUGCAUCAACCACCGCCAUCGCCGCUGCAGCUGCAGUCACAGCAUCCGCCCCUCGUCUCACCGCCGUUGCAACCGCUAGUGCCAGCUCCGUCAACAAAUCCGCCUAUGAUAAUGGCAACAGCCCAAUUCCCCACACUCUAUCCAACGAUGUACCCAGUUGCUAUUCAGCCUGCCAUUUCGCCCCCCUCAACACCUGCCGGGCACGGCGUGUUUCCUCCACCAUUAAUGCUGGUGCAGCAAUUUACUCCGCAACCGCAGCAAGUGACACCACAGACAACGUUUUACGUGUGUUUGCCAGAAAGCGGAAUACCAAGCCCUGCUAUUAUGUGA